AUGGCCCAAAUCCGCGGUACGGCGGGGUAUAACCUGGGACAUCAGAAUCCCUUCGUUGGCCCCGGAAGAGAAGAUGCUACCAGCGACCCGAGCCCGCUGGACGCAAUUCGGCAACACACGAGCAAGAUUGAAGACUGGCUAGAUAGCAUUGCUGAUCCAAUCAAGCCUCACCUCCCUGCAAUCGGUCGAUUCCUGAUCGUUGUCACUUUCCUUGAAGACUCGCUGCGGAUAAUGACGCAAUGGACUCCCCAGCUCGAAUACCUCAACCAAUUCAGACACAUUCCAUGGGGAAUAACACACCUUUUCCUUAUCGUCAAUGUCAUCGUCAUGCUUACUGGUUCCGUUCUCGUCGUCGCCCGCAAACACAGUGAAUACGCCGUUGCUGGUCUCCUCGGCGUCGUGGUCGCCCAAGCCCUCGGAUACGGCCUCCUUAUCGACAUAACCUUCAUCGUCCGCAACCUUAGCGUUAUUGGCGGUCUCCUCAUGGUCCUCUCCGACUCCUGGGUACGCAAGAAGUUCAUGCCCGCCGGUCUCCCCCAGCUCGAAGAGAAGGACCGCAAGAUGUAUGUCCAGUUCGCCGGCCGAGUACUCUUGAUUUUCUUGUUCAUUGGAUUCGUCUUCUCUGGAGAAUGGAGCUUGUGGAGAAUCAUUGUUAGCUGCAUUGGACUCGUUGCCUCGGUCAUGGUUGUCGUUGGAUUCAAGGCGAAGUGGAGUGCCGUUAUCUUGGUCGUUGUCUUGAGUAUCUUCAAUGUCCUUGUCAACAACUUCUGGACGCUUCACCCCCACCACCCUCACAAGGACUUUGCCAAAUACGACUUCUUCCAGAUUCUCUCCAUUGUUGGUGGUCUUGUUCUCCUCGUCAACAUGGGCCCUGGACAGCUCAGCAUGGACGAGAAGAAGAAGGUGUACUGA